GCUUCGUCUUUUUCAGCGAGGGAGGGUUCUGUAAUAACUGUAACUUUUCACUUUUAAAAGGAGGAGAGGGCAGAAGUGAGGGGAGGCGGGGGGAACGGGGUGAGAAGCGACCUAGGAAGGGAGGGAGACCUGAGCCAAGGGAAAUUAGUGAACUCUGUCACGUUGUCUUAAAGUACAGGCAGCAGCAGUGAGUUUAGCAAACGGAGAGAGGACAUAAAGGAAAACUUAACCAGUGUGGUAAAAUCUUUGAGAAUAAAGAUUAUAUUAAGAGCUGUGAGCGAGGAAUGAGGCUCCGGGGGUGAAACACGUCGGGAACCCGCACCCCUGCUUUAGAUCCUGGCUCUCAGUGGAGAGUGGGGGUUGUCGCCUGCUCUUGAAAAACUUGAGUUUGUUCCCCCAGUGUCUGUUGCUUUUGAAUGCCUGCCAACUGGGUUGCAGGAGGGCCCUUGCCAGCUGCAGUUAACUGUUUCUGGGCACCUCCAGGUGUCAAUGCAGCAAUCCCAGGUGUUAACCCACUCAUUCUCGGGUUUUCGCUUGGAAGUUCUUUUUUAUCACUCCCCUGCGAUCAAAUCACAGCUCCUGUCUCCUCAUGUGCUCUGUCGCCUGGUCCAUUUUUAACUUCAUCUGAUUUACCAACCCAGUGGCAGUAUUGUUUGCUACUUCUCCUUCCUGGGCACUUACUUCUCCCGUUCGGUCUAGGUCUUGGUUCAGGUUUUACAGGAACCUGGCUCUUAUCCUACGGGUGACCCCUGCCCGUGGCUUGUUAGGUGGCCGGUUUGGGUCAUUCCCAAUGUCCCCAUUGCAGCACCCAUUCCAAUGAUUCCGUGUUCCAGCUUUCAAUUCUGCUCUGGCCACCACGUUCCCUUUCUGUCCCCAUUGUUCAGGCUCUACAAAAGUGCUCAAAGUGUGUUGUUGCCCAGCAAGAUUCAGACCAGGGAGCGGCAGGUCUCUCUUUCGCAGGUUCUCUACAGCUGUUUCCACCCUUGUAGGCGGUUUUGGGUGCUUGCCUUAAGCAAACCAGGAGCACUUUCCCCUGCGGGCCCAUGGGGCAGAGUUUGCAGCCGGAGCCGUCCGGGGAGAGGAGCGGUGGGAGGAAGCCGGCCCAGAUGGAGGGGGAGGGCUCUGAGCUGGAACGGGGCCUCCAUGCCAUCGUGGGCAGCUUCUACAGAUACGCCGACGGCUCCGAGGGAGCUAAGGAGCUGGACCAGGCGGCUUUCCAGACAUUGCUCAGCAAUGAGCUGAGCCGUCAGCUCACGAGCUCCGAGGACCAGCAGGCAGCGCUGGACCUAUUUGAGAAGGUGGAUGCCAACAAGGAUCAGAAGAUCUCCUUCGACGAGUACUGGGAUCUCAUCGUAGAGAUCUGCCGCGUGAUCCGGCGCAGCACUUAUAACGAGUAGCGACCGGGAAGCGGUGUCUGGUGGGGAAACUGAGGCACGCGCCUCAUCGGGAAAUGCCCCCAAACCCUUUGCCUGAAGCACUCAAAGCAAACCUGCACCUCCCCCACCACACCACACCCCUGCUUAACCCAGCGACCUUAAUCUGUCUGCCCACCCCCCAUCCCCGUCCCCAUCCUGCACAUCUCAUGCUGCUGCAGCUGGCCCUGUCCCCCACACCUGGAUCCCAUCCUGAUCACCCCUUGGCCUUUGCUCCCCAUCUCCCCCACUGCUGGGAGUCACCCCGUACACCCUGAAUCCGCCCUGGCUUGUGCUCCCCGUGUCACCCAUCUCGCCUCCAGCCCUGGCAUGGGAGCCCCACACGACCCAGCUCUCCAUCAGCUGGGCUCCCCCGCCGAUCCCUGCCCCAUCACUGGGAUCUCUCCCCCACCCCCUACGGCUUGUUCUCCCCACGCCACCCACCGCCCCGCUGUCACUCGGUAACACGGCUUGAAUAAAGAGCCUGCUCUG